CACCCACCCUUAGACCGAGGGGAGUGUGGGCAGGAGCGAUAGCACCUGACCUCCAAGUCCCACCAGGCCCUGAUCCCCUUGUUCUGUGUCUGAUAACAGGACCCACCUACAAGCCCCCUCCCCUCUCCCAACCAGUGGUCACAGCCAGGCAGGGCCCCUGACUUUGUGUAUAUAAGGGGACACUGGGGACAAGCACCAGCAGGCCAGCCCUGAGUGCAUUCAGCUCCAGUGCAUUCAGCUCCAGCACAGCCUCCAACGCUCACCACCACCACCAUGUCUCUGAUGAAGAAUGAGAGAGCUAUCAUCCUGUCCAUGUGGGACAAGAUGGCUUCGCAGGCUGAGGCCAUUGGCACCGAGACUCUGGAAAGGCUCUUCUGCAGCUACCCGCAGACGAAGACCUAUUUCCCGCACUUCGACCUGCACCAUGGGUCGCAGCAGCUGCGUGUCCACGGCUCCAAGAUCUUGGCUGCUGUAGGCGACGCCGUUAAGAACAUCGACAACCUCUCGAGCGCUCUGACCAAGCUGAGCGAGCUGCAUGCCUACAUCCUGCGUGUGGACCCGGUCAACUUUAAGCUCCUGUCCCACUGUCUACUGGUCACCCUGGCCUCACGCUUCCCGGCCGACUUCACCGCUGAGGUCCACGAAGCCUGGGACAAGUUCAUGUCUAUCCUGUCUUCCAUCCUGACUGAGAAGUACCGCUAAGCGCCACGCCACAACCCCCAAGAUGGGCUACGACCCUUCUCCUCCCCUUCACUGAACCCUCCCUCGGGUCUUUCCAGUAGCCCCCAAUAAAUGGUUGAA